UGCUUAUACUUUUCGAUAACAUACCAAAAACUCUAUUUAAUUAAUUGUCAAAAAAAUAAAAAUUUAAGCAGUAAGCUAGUUGAUAAAAUGGUGUGUGUGCCUUGCUUCAUAAUUCCGUUGCUCCUCUACAUUUGGCACAAAUUCAUUCAGCCCAUAAUUCUACGCUACUGGAACCCCUGGGAGAAGAAGGAUGCCCAGGGAAAUAUAAUUAAAGCGGGGCCCGAUUUCCCAUUCGAGUGCAAGGGUGGCGUGUGUCCCUUUGUCCCCGGUAGCAAGGGCAAAGAUCUAACAGUAAAUACUGACAACGAUACCCGGGAAAAUACAACAACAUCGACCACGACAGCUGACUCAAGGUCGACCGCUGAGCCCGUCUCCACCUCGGAAACGAAGAAGCAAAUCUAGUCUUAACAUUGAUCUGAAUUUCAUCUACACAUACAGAUGAUUAUCAUAUAUUCAUUUUCGUUUUGGCAGCAAUUAAGUUUUCACUAAAAAACGCACACACAGUCACCAAGCAGCGUAUUUCCAGCACCCUCAGACCAUGGUGGAUUUAAUUGUUUAGUUGUUUAUUCUAAAUAAAAAUGUAAUUUUUUACGCUUAAUGUACCAAUAUAUUCCAUAGCAAAUAUAUAUUUCUAAACGUUUAA